ACACAUUAUCACACUUCUGUACAGAAAGUGUGAUAAAUUAAUUUGGAAAAAAUAUUUAAACGAAGCAAAUAUGAAGACCAUUUUCUUUUUGAUAUCUUUGGUAUGCUACUGCCUCUGUGACCCGAAACCCACCCUUCCUCUAUUAGGUGCACUGCUAGGUGGUGGUGGCGAUAAGUGCGACAACCCAGGCGGACCAGGCAACAACCCAGGAGGCGGUCCCCCCUCAAACGGCGGGCCCCCAUCAAACGGUGGUCCCCCAUCAAACGGUGGUCCCCCAUCAAACGGUGGUCCUCCAUCAAACGGUGGUCCCCCAUCGAACGGUGGUCCCCCAUCAAACGGUUGUCCCCCAUCAAACGGCGGUCCCCCAUCAAACGGUGGCCCCCCAUCAAACGGCGGGCCCCCCUCAAACGGCGGACCCCCCUCAAACGGCGGACCCCCCUCAAACGGUGGACCCCCCUCAAACGGUGGGCCCCCCGGCAACAGCCCGGGCGAUUGCGAUGAUGACAGAACUGGGCUGUUAGGAGGUGGCAUUGUUGGAGAUCUACUUAAACUUAAACUCAAUCUUGGAAAGUAAAAGGUCACCUGAGGGCCGAGUGUGUUUACAUCAAACGUCCACUUUAGUGAGCCCGUUAAAAAUACCUGAACAUUUUAGUUCUCGAAAGUUUUCGCUAGGGGCCUGUGCCCCGAUUAUGCUAAUUUUUAACGUCUCCAAUACAGACGCGCUUCUUCGAUUCUGCGAUACGGAUUUGUCAAAACAGCUGACGUCCGGGCACGUUGAAUAUGAAAAUUUUUAGCGUAAUCCCUGGUAUAAUCCGUGAUACAUUUGAUGUAAUUUUUUUACGCGCUCACUAGUGUGGAUGUUUGAUUAAUAUUAUGUAUAAUGUUGCAAUGCCCUCACAGGGCUCAUGUUCUGGUACUAUUUUAUUUUUAAUACCUUGUUUGUACCACAUGAAGCAAUAAAGAUAUUAUGAUUAUGAUUACUCAUACUAAGCCCUCUGUAUUACUAUACAUACAUACUGGCUGUCUCCAUACUUUUAGUUCCAUGGACAAUCGUAUCUGCCUACAGUAUGGCCUACAGCCCCAAAAUGGCGAAACUCAAAUAGGCACAAAAAUAUUCAGGCCAGUCCAGUGUGUAGGAUGUAUAAUUACAGGUCAGUCGGUGACAUACUUCCAUAAGCCUUGUCCGCACUAGUCGAGUAAUUUAGUAAAGGACGUAGCACACUUCUCAACUCGGAAAGGGAUUAACAACGUUCGCCUUUCGCGCGCUGUCAACUGCGAGGCGAGGCGUUUACGUUGCGGUGAUGUGUGCGUUGCAGUAUGGAGUUUCAUACAAAGAAUUUUCAACUCAAGUUGAUACGGUAACGAUUUCUUUCCGGGUUGAUAAAUGUGCUACUUCCUUAACUCGCCUUUAGUAUAGAUCGUUUCAUCCACGUACACGCUCCACCAUUCUUCCGCUAA